GGAUUUUGUUUUUGGAGAACUUUGAACACAUGGACUCGUGUGAACAGACGUAGUGUCUGGCUGAUAUGUACUCGAUGCUUUCAAACUUUGUUUUCCUAUCAAUUAUUUACCAAUCAGUUGUUGCUGAAGGCACCAGUUAACUCUCAAGGAAUUUGUAUUGGAUAGGCACACCUCACAACGUAGUAACCUCAAUGGCUGAAUCAAAUCAAGAUGCGUUGUCCAUCGAGGCAUUUCGAGCGAAGAAAGGUACGGAAUUCUUGUGUUUUUGAUAUAUCUGAAAGAUAAUCUUUGCGAAGAUUAAAAUGAUAUGCUGUUAAUUUCUAUUUAGCAGCCGGAUCGCUGGGAUCUGCCAGUAAAUCAACAGACAGGCAUCCACGCAAAGCUACUGCUAACUCAUCAAAUCCCCCCACUUCAAACUCAACAUCGGCGCUAUCAAGGUCAACAAGCGCAAGCAGAGCAAACUCAGCGAAGCGAUCUGUGUCAACUGAAAAUUUAAGUUUACAGGUAGGUAGAGAUCCUCCUCCUUUGGAUGAGAGACAGGAAAAGGUCAAGCUCCUCCGAGAAAAACAGGCCGAGGAGAGGCGGAGAAAGAACGAGGAACGGAGAGCGGCGUUUGAAGAAAGAAGGCGGAAAAAGGAGGAGGACGAGAAGGAAAGAUGGACUACGAUGAAGGACCAAGCAGCCAAACAAAAGACUAAUUCAGCACCUCUAAAACCAGGCACUGGUAGAAAACUGCCAACUUUACCUCAAGAAGGUAGUGCUAAGCGACCAGGCAGUGCUGUAGAGCGCCCAUCCUCUUUACCGAAGCCAUUGGCGAGACCCUCAAGUGCUGUAGCUGCUAAGAGUCCUUCUCGUAGUAGUACUAGCGCUGACAGCUUAUCUAGUGGUUCAACACCUAAAGAAUCUCCUGCCACCACCCCUAGUGGUUUGCAACCAAAAAAGCCUCUAGGGGUCAGUAAGUCUGUGUCGGCAAGUAAUUUGAACAAUGCAUCUGUAGAGAAUCGAAGGGGUAGCAGUGGCUCUUUACCUCAAAGGCCAUCAUCUGGCACAAAGCCCAGGACACGGUCAACAUCAACACAUUCUUCAGUCUUGACACUAGAUAAGCAGAAUGCUAAAAACAAUAAAAGUCAGGAAUCACUGUUGCCAGGAGGAAAGCUCACCAAAUCUCACUCUACUAGUUCUAUUCACAGGGUUGGUGCAAAUAAAACUACUUCUGAGAAAAGCCAAAAGACUGAAACAAAGCCUAAAGCUGGUAUCACAGAUGAAGCAACUGCUAAACAGGCUUUGGCAGAGAGGAGAAAGAAGGCAAGAGAAGAAGCAGAAAGACAAGCUGCUUUGGAUAAAGAGCGACAGGAAGCAGAGAGGUUGAGAAAAGAAGAAGAAGACAGGAAAAGAGCAGAGGAAGAAGCCAAAGAAGAAGCAAGGAUGCGUGAAUUAGCUGAGCUUUUACGCAAGCAGGAAGAAGAGAGACUGCGGAUAGCAGCAGAGGAGAAAGAGAAGCAUGAUCAAGAAGAAGCAGAAAGGGCUGCUGCUGAGAAGAAACGUAAAGAAGAAGAGGAGCAGAAAGCAAAAGAAGAGGAAGAAAGGAAAGCACAAGAAGAAGAAGAAAGACGAAAAAAGGAGGAAGCUGCAAGACUGGAGAGAAAAAGGGUAAGAGGUGAUCAUAUAAAUUGAAAAUUGAGGCAUGUGAGUAAAUUCAAUAAAUUUUAGAGAAUCAAUUUGUUAAAUUUUGUACAUGCUGUUUUGCAUGCUCUGUAUUUCCAAGUUAAAGAAGACUGACAUGUCAUUCUGUAUGUAUCACUUUUGGCCACAAGCUGAUUACAUGCACUGUUUCAUUUGUAAUUGCAAGUUUGAAAUAGUACAAUAAUAGUUCUAAUGGUAUUGUGGUUAUGAUCUGGAAAUGCUGGGCUUGCACAGCAGUGGUACCAGUUUGAUUUAUUGACUGUGCCUGAAAAUAACCAACUGAUAGUGUUUCACACCAGACAAAGGUUUCAUCCUUAUGUUUAAUUGUUUUUUCUGAUGAACAAAUAUAUUUUGAAGUGCAUUUUAAACAAAUAUUAAAUUUGUACCAUUUUUGUUCUUAAAAUCAUUCUUAUGGAAUAACUCUGCACAUUUUUUAAUUGCUAUUGCAAGAGAAACAUACUUCACACUACACAGUGACUGACUGAGUGUGAAGUCUGGAAUGUACAUGUUUGCUUGAGGUCAUGACCCAUCACGAUAGGUCCAUUUUUAAUGCCCUUACAUUCUCUUCGUCUUGUAGGACAGCAUAAAGGACCUUGCAGCUUUUUGUGGCUGUGCUUAACAAAUUGUGUAUGAACCAUAUACCUGUUUUUUUGUAUUAUUAUUAUUAUUAUUGUUAUUAUAAUUGUUUUUUGUUUUUUCUGAUAAAAGUGCCCGCAAGGCAGUAUGGCCCUUGAUAUAAUGUUUAGUACUUCAAGUGAUAUAAAUCUUGUUUAAUUCAUAGUCCUUGGUGAUUAAUGUUAACUUUGGCUGAUGUAAUUCUUAUGCACAACUGAAGCUUAAAUGUGUUUUCUCUAUUUCAGCGAGUAGAACAAAUUAUGAGCCGUACAAGACAAACAGCAAGUCCUGUCACGACAGAGGAAAGCAAUACUUCUGCUGCAGUAAGUGUUGGUUUAAUCCUUUAAUCCUUUGACCCCCAAUGAAAUUCUCCCCAUAAUGUCUCCCCUGAGUGUAGGUCACCCCUGAGCAUCCACACAAAGAUCUGUUUAGGCAGGGCGUGAAAUUGCGCUUAAUACAGGUGCCAAUGUGACUAAAUUUUUCGCUUUGGUGACCAAAUCCUGAAAAUUAGUUGUCAAAUUGGCUACUAGGUAAAGUUCAUCAUGACCUUACCAAGGGAUAUAAUGAAUUAAAAGAUUUGCAAAGAUAAAUCCGCGGCAAACUUCCUUGUUAAGUUUGUUUCCAAAAUGCAGCACAUGCAUCUCGAUCAAUAACAAGACACCAUCUUGGAUUUAGGUGAGCUUGAAUGUUGUAUAUUAUCCAUCCUAGUGUUCACUUUGUAGCACGUUAAAGAUCUUGUCCCUAACUUAAUUUUGGAGGGUCUAUUUAUAACACUGACAGCGUAAAAAAAAGUUUUGUUUAUCUUUGAAAAUGGCGACCAACUUUUUUUUAAUUGGCUACCACUUUAAAGAAUUUAGGAGCCAAGUGGCUAUCAGAAAAAAAAAUUAAUUUCAUGCCCUGUUAGGGAGUUUUGUUUUUGAAGGAGUACUAAUCUCAAGAGAUUUUUGUCUCUGCCACUGAAUAAUAAUGUAUAUAGUAAACAGAAGUAUAGCACUGGCUGUGUUUUGAGAUUCUAAAGGGUAAAUUAGCCCUUUUAAAAAUUACAUGUAGCUUUGAAUUUGCAAAAACUUCAACUUCAGAGAACACCAUUUUGAAUCUUGCAACAGCAACUUGGCCAUAUGUGAUCUUGGCAAGCAGUUUAAACAACAAGGAGCUACACUAAAAGGAAUUCUUAACUUGAAAUACUUUUUUUGCCCUAACCAUACACUUGUGUAAUCUCCAUAACAAAAGCUCUCACACUUUCUAAUUAUGUUUGAAUGUUAGUAUUUUGAUCACUGUAACUUUACUUCAAUUCUCACCCCAAUUUUUGUCAUUGAAUUUUAGCAAGAGGCAGUAGAUCCAGAAGAUACUAAAAGAAAAGUUAAUGAAAUCCUCCAGAAAGUCAAAAGUCAAAGUGCAAUGCCCAAUCAGAUGGAAAACAGUUCUUCCUCGUUGGUUAACAGUGCUGAAGAACCAUCACAAGAGGGCAAUAAUGAGUUGGAUACUGUAGGAACAGUGAAUGUUACAUCAGACAAUACAUCGAUGGAUACAUCAGGCAACUCCUCAGCUGAAUCAACUUUUCAGCCUGUUCAUGUCAAUGGAGUCCAUGCUUCUGGUUUAGAUGAUUUGCAUAGUGUAUUAACAAAUGAUGAUGAUAACGAGGAGCAUGUGUCGUCUACACUUCCUUUGAUAAUAGUGGAACAUGAGACUACGUAUGCAAUAACUACAAAUAGAGUGACAAGUAAUGAGCAUGAAAAAGAGAACAUUUCAAAUCAAAUUAAUGAUGGGUCAUCAACAAUACAGGAAUGUACGAUCAAUGGGUCACAACAAGUGUCUGAAAAUGAUGAACUACGCGACACAGAAAACACUGUGGUAAGUUGGGUGUCCUUGUAACAAUUAAGUUUUAAAUUUAACAAAAAUGCUGGAUAGCAUACUUGGAAUGCACAAUUCUUGAAAUAAAUUAUAUAUUUGUUAAUUUGUUAAUUAUAUCACCCAGCAUACUUUAUAUUUGUGCAAAAAUUUUAUUUUAUUUCAUUACCUGUCAAGGCAUGAAUUAGCAGUUGGUAAGCUGUUUUGGCGUAUAUUUUUCUCUAAUUUUUUUUAGAAAGAUGAAGCAUGUAAAAUUUUAUUGCACAGGGUUGCUAUCAUAUUUAAAAGAAGUCCUCAAACUUCCAAGUUCUGAAAAGUAUAUAUAUAUUUCUCUUAGCUUUGUACCAAAUCAUUUGUUUGCUAAUCAAGAGAAUUUGUUUGGAUAUCUUAAAAUAAUAUCCCUGCCUGUUUACAUGAUAGAGUAGUGCAGUGUACUCCAAGAUUGAACUUGAACUUGAAUUAGUUAGUUUGCUUUAGACUGAGUAGAUUUUUUUCUCUUUUUUUCGUGUCUACAAGAGGCAUGUUCCUGAAACCAGACAAGAAAUUACUUCAAGUAAUUCAGGAUCUUUAAGUAAAGAUUUAAAUGGUGUGGAGGAUGAGGAGGUGCUCUGGCAAAAAAUAGAGGCUACCAUGAAAGCAAGGCAGUCCUAUGCAGUCGAGACCCUUGAGAAUCUGGGUGUGGUUGCCGAAGGUGAUGAGGAUGACGACAGUGAAGAAGGACAGCUAUGGAAAAUAGUUGAAGGAAAGGCAAAGCUAGCAGAGGUUGUGUGA